GCUAGAGGCUAGGAUGUGGUGCGAGAUCCCAGUUGAAUGAAUUACUGGGGCAGAAUAACUCCCGCAAGACUCAGUUUCCUUUUCUGUAAAAUGCGAAUAUUAAGAAUAUUUGCUGCCUUUAAAAAGAAAACUAGCCGCUGCUGUUUGUUGGCCUGGCGAGUGCGCUGGGAGGGUCCUAGGAAGCCCACCCGAGCUGCCGGCCUCCAGUGCAGGAAAGGGCUGUCUCCUGCCCCUGGCACACCUCGGAUCCCAGCUCUUUAUUUGUGACUGGCUCACUUAUGUGUAAUGACCCAGGUAUCCUGAAACCAUGGAAGGCUGUGUGCCCGUCGAAGUUCUGGGACAAGUUUAAGAAGAGAGGAACCAGUGUCAUUCACAGAUGUGUGUGUGGAUUUCACCAAGGAGGAGUGGUGUUUGCUGGACCCUGCUCAAAAGAUCCUAUAUAGAGAUGUCAUCCUGGAAAAUUAUAGCAACUUUGUCUCAGUAGGGUAUUGUGUUGCUAAACCUGAUGUGAUCUUCAAGAUAGAGCAAGGAGAAGAGCCCUGGAUUGCAGAAAAGGAAUUCCCAAACAGAUGUCGCUCAGAAAGGAAAUGGAAAGUUGAUGACCUAUUGGAGAGCAGGCAGGAAGAUGAACGUUUUUGGCAGCUCAUGUUCACCAACAAGACGGUAAGCCUGGAAAGUGACAGCAGGCGGAAGGCCUUCCGUCUCAACAUGGACCUCAUUUCUUCAAGAAAUUUUCUGCUCAAAGUAUGUGAUUCAUGUGAAAUGAAUUUGAAAAAUAUUUCAGGCAUAAUUAUUGGUAAAAAGAACUAUUCCAGAAAGAAGCCUCAUGAGUUUAAUGUGUGUGAGAAAUCAUUCCUUACUCCUGUAGGAGAAAAGUCAUGUAACUACGAUGAAAAAAGGAAUGUCCUCAGCCUUUUCCAGACUCUCACUCAGCCAAUUUCUGACCAGCCUUUUGAGUAUAAUGGAAACGGACCAGGCUUCCAUGAGGAAGCAGCCCUUUUUACAAGUCAGAAGUCUCAGAUAGGGGAGACACUCUACAAAUACACUGAACGUGGAAGACCCUUCACUGACACUUUAAAGCUCAGUGUAUCUCAGAGAAUUCCUUUGGAUAUUGAGCCACAUGAAUGCAGUAUUUGCAGGAAGUCCUUUUUAGUGGGUUUACAAUUUGGACAUCAGAGAGCUCUUACAGGGAACAGUCCUUAUGAACAUAAUGAAUAUGAGGAAAUCUUCUGUGACAGUUCAGCUUUCAUUAUUCAUCAGGGAGCUUACAAAAGAAAGAUUGCCCAAGAAUAUAAAGUGAGUAACAAAACUUGGGAAAAGUCAACUCUCUUUAAACAUCAGAUGGUACAUGUGGGGGGAAAACACUAUGACUACCAGAAAACUGGGAAAAAUUUCAGUAAGAAAUCACAUCUCACCCAGUCUCGAAGAGCUCGCUCAGGAGAAAAAACUUUUGAAUGUGGUGACUGUGGUAAAACUUUCUGGGAGAAAUCAAACCUUACCCAACAUCAGAGAACACACACAGGAGAGAAACCUUAUGAAUGCACUGAAUGUAGGAAAGCCUUUUGCCAGAAGCCACACCUUACCAACCAUCAGCGAACACACACGGGAGAAAAACCCUAUGAAUGCAAGCAAUGUGGAAAAACAUUCUGUGUCAAAUCAAACCUCACUGAACAUCAAAGGACACACACGGGGGAGAAACCCUAUGAAUGUAAUGCGUGCAGAAAAUCCUUCUGCCACCGGUCAGCCCUGACUGUCCAUCAGAGGACACAUACAGGGGAGAAACCAUUUAUAUGUAAUGAAUGUGGGAAGUCAUUUUGCGUAAAGUCAAACCUUAUAGUACAUCAAAGAACUCACACGGGAGAGAAACCCUAUAAAUGUACUGAAUGUGGAAAAACCUUUUGUGAAAAAUCAGCUCUUACCAAACACCAGAGAACUCACACAGGGGAGAAACCCUAUGAGUGUAAUGCGUGUGGGAAGACCUUUAGUCAGAGAUCAGUACUCACUAAACAUCAGAGAAUCCACACAAGGGUGAAGGCGCUUUCAACAUCCUGAAUGUUCAGAAGCUUUCUUAACACCUGUCAGAUUUGUCAUACAAUUAAAAAGCUGAGAUUAGACACUGCCAAAGAAUAUAACAAAGUACUAGAAAAUGCCAUUUUAUUUAAAUAUGUGAAGACUUUCAAGAAAAAGUAAAACUUUUCAUAGAAAGAUUGUACUGAGGGGAAAUUGCUCAUGUAAAUAAUGUGGUGAAGACUCUUUGGAAUUUCGAUUUUGUAAUGUCAUCUUCCAAACACGAUACCAAAAUUGUAUUGUAAAUAUAAUGGGCAAUAUUUACUUGUGUUCACGCUGGAGUAUGAAGCAAAAACCUGAAUGACAGGAGCUUUAAACAUUAUGUAAAGAACAUCUGAUGUUGAUAGACAUUAUAUGUGUAUGCUGAUGUAAUAGAAAUUUGGAGUGUGCUUGAUUUAUAUAUUGAAGUCCAGUACGGUUGUGAGGAGGCAAUAUAAACCCUUAGUUUAAUAACAAUUAUGUGGUAUAUAUUAAUAUUUUACAAACUAAAUGCCACCAGUAUCUUUAUAGAUUGGUAGGAUUAUAUGUUCAUUGUAUAUGUGUGAAUGUGGGUCUGUAUGUAUGUGUGUGUAAUAUAUUCGUACACCUGUACCUA